GGGCCCCGGGGGUGACGGGGGCACAGCCAUUUCCGGCAGGCGCCGCUCAUGGAGGAGGCUCGGCAGCAGCGGAGCGGUUGAGGGGGGCUCGGUGGUGGCCGCCGCCAUGUUCGGCUGCCUGGUGGCGGGCAGGCUGGUUGCCGUGCUCCUGGGGUUGUGCCAGCCUGGUGGUCAACAGCCACUGCUUAUAGACUUGGCAACCUCUUCUGCACCCUAUUUCCCUCCUACGCACGUGGGGAGUGAAGGUACAAGCAGCUCCCCAGCAAGUGGCUGAAGACAAGUUUGUGUUUGACCUACCGGACUAUGAAAACAUCAACCAUGUAGUGGUCUUCAUGCUGGGAACUAUACCGUUUCCUGAAGGAAUGGGAGGAUCUGUCUACUUUUGUUACCCGGACCAGAGUGGGAUGGCAGUGUGGCAGCUGCUGGGGUUUGUUACUAACGAGAAGCCAAGUGCAAUCUUUAAAAUUUCUGGUUUGAAAUCUGGGAAGGGAAGCCAACACCCCUUUGGUGCCAUGAACCUCCCGCAGACACCAACAGUGGCCCAGAUCGGCAUCUCCGUGGAACUGCUGGAGAACCUGGCGCAGCAGACUCCUGUUGCAAGUGCUGCUGUGUCAUCAGUAGAUUCAUUCACAGAGUUCACCCAGAAAAUGUUGGAUAACUUCUAUAAUUUUGCUUCCUCAUUUGCUGUUACUCAGGCACAGAUGACACCAAACCCCUCUGAAGCUUUCAUUCCUGCAAAUGUAGUUCUGAAAUGGUAUGAGAACUUCCAGAGACGCCUGACACAGAACCCUCUCUUCUGGAAAACAUAAGCUUGAAUCAUGUCAUUUGAAGUGCUCUCUAAUCUGGAAUAUGCAGCAAAUAACUUCAUGGAAGAACUUUGAGGCGGGAAAAAAAAAACGAUUAGUCUGAAUAGACCAACUUGUAACUUUUAUAUUACUCAAAUUAUUUAAAAUUAAAAUCUGUGAAAACUA